UUAUCAAAAGUGCAUUAACUAGAUCUGGUCCGGGUUUGGCUGGGGGUCCGGGGCCCCAGCAGCAGUGACAACCGCUGGCACAACUAGUGGGCCCUGCUCAGAGCGGACUUCUGCAGCAACAGGACUUAGAUCCUGUGCAGCGUUAUAAGAUGCUCAUCCCGCAGUUGAAAGAGAGUCUACAGACUUUGAUGAAGGUUGCAGCCCAGAACUUGAUUCAGAACACUACUAUUGACAACGGACAAAAAAGCAGUGAUGGACCCAUACAACGCUUUGACAAGUGCCUGGAGGAGUUCUAUGCACUCUGUGACCAGCUGGAGCUCUGCCUGCGCCUGGCACAUGAGUGCCUGUCACAGAGUUGUGACAGCGCCAAGCAUUCUCUGACGCUGGUGCCCACAGCCACCAAACCAGACGCAGUGCAACCUGACAGCCUACCCUACCCACAGUACCUGGCAGUCAUCAAAACCCAGAUUGCCUGUGCCAAGGACAUUCACACCGCCCUGCUGGACUGUGCUAACAAGGUCACGGGCAAGACACCUGCACCACCUACUGGCCCCAGGGGCACCCUCUGAAGUAGUGGGGCAGGAGUUGGAGCCCCUGCCCUUGAGUGUGAACUGGAUGGAAUGACCUCUGAAGAAUGGACUAGAGUGGAAGUCUUGGUGUAUAGUGUUGGAUACUUGUCACAGAAGGAGCUGUGGCUUCCUGCUUGCUCUCUUUCUCUCCCAAAGAGCCCACUCCAGGAGGACAGGAAUGCCAUGCCCCAAGACAACCAUAUGAGAGGCCCACACAGUGAGGAACUGAGUUUUUUGCUAACUGCCAUUUGAACGAGCCAAACUUUUCUAAGAUUGCAGCCUCUGUCAAUAUCCUGACUGCUACAUCAUGACAUGAAAGACCCUGAGCCGAAACUGCUGAUUUUGAGCUCUUGGACAACGCAAACUGUGAGAUAAAGAAUAUCAUUUUAGUCAUCACCACCAUACAACUCAUUCAUGUAACAAAAAACCACUUGUCCCUCCUAAAUUUGUUGAAAUAAAAAAUACACACAUAUAUAGGUCUACUAGUGAGUGUGAAGUGGCAUCUUAUUAUAGUAUGGAUUUAUGUUUUCCUGAUGACAGAUGAUAUUGGGCAUAUUUCAUGUGCUUUCUGGCCAUUUGUAUAUUUUCUAUAUAGUAAUGUAUGUUCAAAUUGUUUGCUCUUUUUAAAUUGAAUUACUUUUAUCUCUUUUUUUUUUUUUUCUGAGAGAGAGCCUCAAGCUGUCGCCCUGGGUAGAGUGCUGUGGCAUCACCGCCCACAGCAACCUCUAACUCCUGGGUUUAAGCGAUUCUCUUGCCUCAGCCUCCCAAGUAGCUGGUGUCCGCCACAACACCUGGCUAUUUUGUGGUUG